UGUGUGGCAGCCGCAGGGUUCUGGGGGCUGUUGGGGCUGGGUUGGGCCCCUCCUCGGGGGGCAGAACUGGGAGGAUGUUGGGCCCCGCACGCACGCCUGGGGCGCCCCUGGGCUCCCUGCCCCUCCUGCUCAUGCUGCUGUUGCUGCCCGUGGGCUGUGCUGCUGAUGAGCCGCCCACCCAGGAGGAUGAAACGGGCUGUGGUCAUUCCUAUCUCUUUGACAGAGUCAUAGCCGGAGAGGAUGCAUUGGCCAAGAAAUGGCCAUGGCAAGUGAGCAUUCAAGAAGGCACGAAGCACCUGUGCGGUGGGUCCAUAGUCGCCCCCUUGUGGGUGCUGACAGCUGCUAAUUGCGUGAAUGUCAACAUUACAUUUACUAUCUUAAUGGGGAGCACGAUGCUCGAUGAAGAAAACUCUGUACAUUCUCUCCGGGUCGGGGUCGAUCGAGUGGUAAUCCAUCCCAGUUACCAGGAGAGCAGAUAUUGGUCGUGGAUCGGCCGUGAGAAUAACAUAGCCCUCAUCAAGCUGAAUCGGAAGUUGAAUUACACCAAGCACAUCGCUCCUGUCUGCCUUGCCUCCCCCAAGUUGGAAGUAAGACCUGGGUCCUUCUGCUGGAUAACAGGCUGGGGCCAGACCAAAAUAGGCGAACCAGGACAGAUAGUGCCGCUGUCUCCAAUCCUUCAGGAAGCCGAGAUCACGGUCAUGAGCAACGAUGACUGUGACACCCUCUACCAUGACAUCUCAGAAGUGCCCAGCAUUGUCCGAAUCAUCUCCUCUAACAUGAUGUGCAGUGAUUACUCCCGAGGAAGAGACUUCUGCUAUGGGGAUGAUGGGAGCCCGCUGGUCUGUGAAAUUGACAACACGUGGUUCCAAGCAGGGAUAGUGAGCUGGACCCUGGGGUGUGCUCAUCUGGAGACCCCAGGUGUCUAUUCCCGGGUCAGCGAGUACUCCAACUGGAUAGAGCGGGAGAUAGCAGAGCUGAGCUAUGCCAGCUCCACCCUCAGGGCUGCCUCCUGGAUCAUACCCUUCUCCCUGCUAUUGCCCAUUUGUCUCGUGAUGACCCUGUGAACUCCUCUGCUCACCUUCUCUGAAUUCCUUCUCGCCUCCCUCCCCCCCCCCCCAAGUCCUCUACUAUCUCUGGCCGCUUUCUUUCACUUCCCUCCAGGACCUCCUGAAUUCCUUCUGCUUCCCUGAGGAUUUCACUCCCCCUCCUUAGCCUCAUAACCUCUAACAUGAUUGAGGCUCAGGAGGUUGUGGCUGAGGUUGGAGGAUUGAUUUCCAAGGCUGAAUGGGCAGAUCAAGGAGCUAUCUGAAGAUAUCUGUGGCAAGUUGGACAGGAGGUGGGACCAGAGGGAAAAGAGUAACUCCUUGUGAAAGGAUAGGAAACCAGGGUUCAGGGGUUAGGAUAUUUGGGUCACAUGGGCCAUUAUGAAGAGAAGGGAAAAACCCUAAGGCCCUUAGAGAACUUUGGAGAAGGGGAUAAUCAGAAAGAAUGGUUCCAGAAAUUGAUAGGAAGAUGAUAGCCAUUCAGC